UGACCACUCCUUCGCCCGUGACGUAGAGGCCACGUGACGGGACGCGCUGCCUCUGCUGCCGCCGCCGCUUUGUAAGAGGCACAUUGGCAGGUAACGAGCGGCGGCAGCGGCGGCGGCGGGUGCCGAGUCCAGCGAGAUCAGCAUCGAUUUUCUAUUUUGUAAACACGUUAUUUUGUAUAUACUGUAUAUGAUGACUUCGGUGAGCAGUGACCGUUCCCGCGGUGCUCGGGAAAAAACACAGAUUUCAGCGACACAGGCAACACAACUACAGAAACAAGUAGUACAGGUAACAGCUGAACAGAUGCGUCUCGCUCAGGUGAUCUUUGAUAAAAAUGAUUUGGAAUUUGAAGCUAAAGUUAAACAGCUUAUGGAAGUGACAGGAAAAAAUCAGGAUGAAUGCAUAGUUGCCCUACAUGACUGUAAUGGAGAUGUGAACAAAGCUAUCAAUAUAUUGCUGGAAGGGAAUUCAGACACGACUUCAUGGGAGACUGUAGGGGGGAAGAAGAAGAAUUUUGGAAAAGAAAGUUCAGAAAACAAAGAGAAUAGAGAGAAGAGAAGUGAGAGAGAAGUGAGUCGUGGACGUGGAAACAACAACCGGAAAGGAAGAGGUGGCAAUCGUGGGAGAGAGUUUAGAGGUGAAGAGAAUGGAAUUGAUUGCAAUCAAGGGGACAAGCCUUCAGACCGUGGCAAGCGCACCCGUGGAAGAGGAUUUGGACGUGGCAGAGGGAGAGGGGCAGGAAGAGCCUCAAACCAAGGCAUGGGGACAUUUAAUCCUGCAGACUAUUCAGAGUCUCCAUCUAUAGAUGGGUGUGGGACAAAACCAGUAGUUUGGGAAGCUGCUCACAAUGGUGCAGAUGAGGGAAGUGAACUGGCAUCAAAUGCUCAAAAGGUAGCUCAGGAUCUGCCAAACAAUUCUUACGGACACAAAGCAGGGGCCUGGAAGAAUUCUGUGGAAGAGUGGACAACGGAAGACUGGACUGAAGAUCUUUCUGAAACAAAGGUCUUCACUGCCUCAUCUGUUCCACAAGAGAAUCAUGUCACACCUGGGAAGAGCGUCGAUCUGGUAGCCUUGCUCCAGAAGCCUGCUCCUCCCAAUCAAGCCUCAGAAGUCAGCUCCUUUGAAACUUCCCAACAGCAGGGCUUUGGCCAGGCCCUCGUCUUCACAAAUUCUCAGCACAGCAAUCAGAUGGCACCAGGGACUGGCAGCUCCACUGCUAACUCCUAUUCUCCUCAGAGUCUGUCAUCCGUCCUUGGUUCAGGAUUUGGAGAGCUUGCACCUUCAAAAAUGGCAAACACCACCAGCUCCCAGAUUUUGGACCAGUUGAAACCUCCAAGUUUGGGCCAGUUUACUACCACACCAAGUUUGCAGCAGAAUAGUACAAGUGCCCCCACAACCACUUCUUCUUGGGACCUCAAGUCCUCAGCUACCCAGUCCUCAGUCCGUAGCCAUUUUGACUUUAAAUCUCAGCCUGAACCAUCCCCAGUUCUUAGCCAGUUGAGCCAGCGACAGCAGCACCAGUCUCAGGCAAUCUCUGUCCCUCCUCCUGGGUUGGAGUCCUUUCCUUCCCAGGUAAAACUCCGAGAAUCAGCACCCAGAGACGGCACCUCCACUGUGAACAAACUCUUGCAGCUCCCCAGCCUCACUGUCGAAAAUAUCUCUGUGUCUGCCCACCAACCACAGCCUAAACACAUCAAACUCCCUAAGCGGCGGAUACCUCCAGCUUCUAAGAUCCCAGCUUCUGCAGUGGAAAUGCCUGGUUCAGCAGAUGUCACAGGAUUAAAUGUUCAGUUUGGCGCCUUGGAAUUUGGAUCAGAAUCUUCGCUCUCUGAAUUUGGAUCUGCUGCAAGCAGUGAAAAUAGUAAUCAGAGUCCCAUCAGCUUGUAUUCAAAGUCUUUAAGUGAUUCUUUGAAUACCUCUCUACCAAUGACCAGUGCAGUACAGAACUCCACCUAUACAACUUCAGUCAUUACCUCCUCCAGUCUGACCAGCUCAUCCCUGAGCUCCACUAGUCCAGCAACAACGUCUUCUUCCUAUGACCAGAGUUCUGUGCAUAGCAGGGUUGCAUACCAAAGCUCUGUGAGUCCGUCUGAGUCAGUCCCAGGAACUGUCACGAAUGGACACGGUGGUGGUCGAAGUCAGCAGACAGUAGACACUACUGCGUCUGUUCCUGCUCCAAAGACAACAGAUCCUCCCUCGGCCCUACCAUCUGUGGCCUCCCUGCCCAGCACCACCUCCUGCAGUACGCUUCUACCCUCUGCAUCUCAGCACACUGCCACUUUGCCUUCCUUGUCCCAGCCUGGUGACCUGUCCAGCACCCCCCUCUCUCAGCUUAACAGUUCACUCUCCACCCACCAGAGCAGCCUCUCCUCCGCGCACACAGCACUCUCCUCCAGCACGUCUCACACACACACCAGUGUGGAGAACACCCCUUCCCUCCAGUCCUCUGCCACCUUCUCAAUGGCAGCAACCUCUGCCUCGAGUGCCACGUCCUCGGGACUCAGCCUGCCGAGCAGCAUGAACACAGCGAACAGCCUCUGCCUGGGCGGAACCCCCGUGAGUGCCCCUAGCAGCAGUACCAGAGCCACGCCCUUGGUGACCUCAGGCAAAGCACCCCCCAACCUGCCCCAGGGGGUGCCACCCCUGCUACCCAACCAGUACCUCGUGGGCCCCGGAGGACUGCUUCCUGCCUACCCGAUCUAUGGCUAUGAUGAGCUCCAGAUGCUGCAGUCACGGCUGCCAGUGGAUUAUUAUGGAAUUCCCUUUGCUACACCCACAGCCCUUGCCAGCCGAGAUGGGAGUCUUGCUAGUAAUCCAUAUUCAGGUGAUAUCACAAAGUUUGGCCGAGGUGACUCUGCAUCCCCUGCGCCUCCCACCACACUGGCUCAAGCACAGCAGAGCCAAUCCCAGGCCCACCACACCCCCCAACAGCCCUUUCUGAAUCCUGCGCUGCCACCUGGCUAUAGCUACACUGGCCUUCCCUACUACACAGGCGUGCCCAGUGCCUUCCAGUAUGGACCCACCAUGUUUGUUCCACCGGCCUCAGCCAAGCAGCAUGGUGUGAACCUCAGCACUCCCCCAACACCUUUCCAGCAGGCCAGUGGUUAUGGCCCACAUAGCUACAGCACAGGUUAUGAUGACCUGACCCAGGGGACAGCAGCGGGAGACUACACCAAGGGUGGCUAUGGUGGAUCAUCACAGGCACAAAGCAAGUCUGCAGGUUCUGGGCCUGGCAAAGGAGUGUCCGUGUCUUCAAGCACCACUGGCCUCCCUGACAUGACUGGUUCUGUCUACAAUAAGACUCAGACUUUUGAUAAGCAGGGAUUUCAUGCAGGGACCCCUCCACCGUUCAGCCUGCCCUCGGCCUUGGGUUCCUCAGGGCCCCUGGCCCCUGGAGCAGCUGCUGGUUAUGCACCCCCACCAUUCUUGCACAUCCUUCCUGCCCACCAGCAGCCUCACUCACAGCUGUUACACCACCACCUUCCGCAGGAUGCCCAGAGUGGCUCAGGUCAGCGCAGCCAGCCGAGCUCCCUGCAGCCCAAGUCACAAGCCUCCAAACCUGCCUACGGCAACUCUCCAUACUGGACAAACUGAACCCUGAAGAGGGGUGGGCUGGGGCAGGGCUUACCCUGGGCAGGAGAUACCACAUGGAGCCCGAUUCUGGGAGCCCAGUACCUUUUCCUAGAAUUUGAGACGUGUAACUGUGUCAGCCAAGCCUCAGUGGGGAGCCUUCCUCCCAGACUCGCUAUUGUAUGUAAUGUAUUUAUGUAUGUAUUUGUAAAUGUGACAGAAGUCUUAGGAGAGUGGGGGGGUCUUCCCCACUCAAGCCCCUUUUUGCUGUAGCAAAAUAAGCCCCCUCUCCCCUCCUACCUCCCACAUAGCCCCCCUGCCAGGAGGCUUCAAGGGGCAGUGCCUGGAAGGGCUGGUUUAAGGCAUUUGGGUAAUGGGAUCAGGUACCAAUGAAGAAUCACGACUUAUCCCCUUAUAAACCAUUAUAUGAGUUUUUCCUUCCUUGUGUAAUUACUUUAUCCCUCUAUUUGAGAAACUUGUCCUUUUGUCAUUUGUUUACUGUUCCUCUCCUGCCAAAUCUUGAUCUGGGAAUAGCGGAAAUAUCCCCCCUGCUCAACAUGAAAGUGGCACCUGUUUGUCUUCAUAUAGAGCAGGGGUAUCUGCUUCUGGCCUGCUCUUGUCCCCAGGGACUUGCCUUCCUCUGGCUGGCCAUUUUAAUAAUAAUCCGAAUUUGUGCUCAGAAGUGUUAAGCCAGGUGUCAGCUCCCCUUUUUAAAAAUCAGAUAACGUUCCACAAGAGCACGUCUCCAUGCAAAGCUCCUCUUCCAGUUGUCCUGAACCAGGUGGGCGACUGCUUCAGGGUUUUCUCUUUUGCCCAAAGUCCACCUAAUAAAGUUCUGAGAGCAUG